ACUGGCAUGUAUUUGUUAAUUAAUAUUACAGGGUUCCCAAAGCCAGGCAGAAUUACAGUUUGGAUUGUUGGCUCAUCAAUUAUAAAAAGGGCAUCCAUGGCAGCAAGAUUAAGACCGGGGGGAUGGAGUCUUGGGUUAACCCAAAGAGGGGUAGAUAUGUGGUGGCAAGGGUAUGGUGGGUUAAAAUUUAUUGACCUAGUUCAGAAGGUUAGGUACUUAGCAACAUUAGAGGAUCCUCCAAGAUAUCUAAUCAUUCACUGUGGGGCCAAUGAUCUGGGUCAAAUUAAACUGUCAAGAUUACUCUAUAGAAUUAAGUGGGACAUCCAGUUACUUUCAAGAAUCUUCACCAACACGACUCUCGUUUGGUCUUUUCUCCUCCCCCGCAUUUCAUGGAGACACUCAAGUAACAUUAGAGCAAUGGAGCAGGCAAGGGAUAGGCUAAACAGGUGGGCAGCAAAACAGGUAUUUCAAAAUGGGGGGAAAAUUAUCACGCAUUCUCAAUUUAUAGGUAAACCUGUACAGUUGUAUCACUCAGAUGGAACACACUUGUCGGAGUUGGGGAAUGACAUUUUCCUCAACAACAUUCAGGGGGCCCUGGAGUAUUUUGCCAGUGGGGGUAAAAGUAAAGAAUUUCCAUGUAAAUAAUUAACUAAGUAAUUUAGUCCAUAAAGUAGGUAUGCCUUUUUGGCAGAGGCACAGUGGUCAUCUUGAAGGUUCCUACCCCCACCAUGUGGCGGUGGGCAACCUGAUUGUAUGUCUGCAAAUGCACACAUUCAUCAGGUGCCCAUGUGGCCAUAUCGUCACCUUCAAGUUGGUUGUGGAAAUAUGAUGUUGACUGUUGUUACGUUGAUGUUGAUUUAAUAAUUUUUUCAUAUAGACAGUUUAAAGUAAAGAGUUGUAUACUAAAUGAUAUGUUGAUGUGUCGUUAGCAUGAUUGUGAUCAACCCAUCAUGCUACUUGCCGUUUCGGACGACACAUAAAAUGUUGUUGUAGGGGGUGAGCCCUGUUGUCUGGCGACCCCAAACUUGAUGUUGUAAAUACGUUUAUUUGACCACUGUGGCCAAUAUCUGCCAUACAAUAAACAAUUAACUAUAAAUGUGUUUUUAAUUCUAAAAAUCCAUAGGUAAUGUUACAAAUACAAGCAUAGGAC